CAUCGUAAGUACGAGUGGCUGUACUUGCAAGCUAUUACGGCGAGGUUUAGACCGUUUUCAAAAAUAGCGACGUCGUUCGUCUGUAAAGUGGUGUAUUAAAAAAAGUAAUCCUGCUUCUGCAUUCCCUUAGAAACGGCCAUUUGUUAUCCCGUUGGCAGAAAGUGAAAAUUUGCAGCUAUACGCUUGGUUAGGUCGGGUCUGUGUGACCAAAAAGUUAAGUGGCCCAUGAUGACCUUGGGGUAGAAUAGGUGUCGGUCAGUGGCGUUCCCUGGGAUUUUGCUUCUUUUCUCUUUGUAGCGAUGCAGAAACUAGCUUGCUAUUACUGCAUCAUAAAUAUAAGUGACGUAUUAUAUACAGCAUUAUCAAAUCAGCUGUUAUAGCACCAUGUCUACGCUAUUGUGAUCAGAAGUGGAACGGUUCGCCUUUCUGUUUUCUACAUGUGGUUAUACAGUUGAGUGAAAUCGACAGGGCUUAUCAGAAGUUCGGAGAUCUUUCCUUCUAUCUUUGCUGCGGGAAAACGUGCGAGAUAGUUGCAGAACGUGAAAUUUCCCUCGAACUUUCCUGCAUGUGUAAGGUUGAUACAAGUACUAAAACGUUAAUAACGAGUGAUCAAUGACAUAUAAUUUUAUAAGCUCUUUACAAUGGACUGGUUACCUGAUAUUGCUGGAACAACGACUCCGGCGAUUGGCGUACUUUCGAGUUCUGAAUCAGAUGAACAUCUACCCAUCCUUCUGCAGCACCUCCUGGUGGCCAUCGAGAGAGGCAUAGAACGAAUUGAAUGGGAGGGUGUCCGGAAACUCAAGAUUUGUAAUCAUGUAUGUUCAGGUUCAUCACUCCAUUUACCUAGCAACCAUUCAGUGGACACUAAGGACAUUUCGGUCCAGACUAGUCUCUUGAACCUCACGUCACAAAACUCAAAUAGUGAUGAUAAAACUAGAAUGAAGGGUGAUAAAACUGAAACCGAGUUUCAAUCCACUUUAACAUCAGAUAUUAUAGAAAACCACUGCAAUAAUUAUCAGGAUUUCGACUGUAGGGGAAAUUGUGCAAAAUCUUCUCAAACUGUUCAAAGUAAUCAAUGUUGCUUAGAUAUUAUCAGUAGCGAAGACAACAUGCUACCUUCAACCUGUACUUCCAAAAGUGAUGAGUAUGAAAGACAAUGUCUAAAUAUUUGCCAAAAAGAAGAAAAUCAGAAAUUUUCUUCUGAUCCUUCUCAAACUGUGGAAAACCAAGAAUAUUGUUCAAACCUUUCCCAAAAUGUUGAUAAUAAUACUGGAGAAGAACAAAAUGACUCAAAUAUUCUUGUGCUAAAUAACUCGGAGACUGAUUCUUUGGUAGUUAAACCAACUUCAGUUGCAGAUUGCCUUUUUAAACUCACUAAAUCUCCCUCGGUGAAAGAAACAACAAAAUUGAUUUCAUCAAGUACCUGUAAAGAUAAAGAUCUUGACGACGGUUACCAUGACAACGCUUUGUCUCAUCCCACUUGUAUCAGCCAGGUGGAUCCCGAUUUACUACAUUCUGGUAUAGCUUUCCUGCCAGGAUCACGUGAUGUCAGUGGUCGAAGCAUUGUGGUGGUAUUCUGUUCCAUAUUCAGGGAACUCCAGAAAGUAACAGCAACGGAAUUAGCCAGAUUACUGAUCUACUUCCACAGUGUUCCACGAAAAGAAGUGGUUGCCCUCGGUUUCUGCAUCGUGAUUGAUGGUCAACAAUCCCAGGCUUCUGAUUGGACAAUCUUAGACGAGACGUUUUGCUUAUUUGAAGCGAACAUUCCGAAUGCUAUAAACAAUAUUGUGGUGUACACUGAACUCCAACCUGAAGACGUACCUCUAUUUCCAGUGAGCGGAUUUAAGUUUGAAGCUGUCACGGCUAUUGAAAAAUUGCGCACAUUUGUUAAGCGAGAUCAACUACUUCCCCAACAUUCCGGAUACUACAGAUAUGACCACCAAGAGUGGAUUAGUUUCAGAAUGUUUUUAGAACCAUUUAUUACUGGCUGUCAGCUAUCGGGGCGUCAUCUAGUUAGUAUCAUGCAGGAAUUGCGAGGGAGCAAACUUCCAACAACAGCUAUGCUGACGAGCCAAAUAAUCGAACAACAAAAAAGACUUAUCAACCAGGCCUUUCAAGACGAACAUUUGCGCCAUCUAGUGGACGAAGGAGAUACAGUUUUAAAGGAAUUAGAAUCAUACGGAAGUAAAACACAUUGUAAUCCCGAUUACAGGGAUUGUUUGACCAAAGGAAGUAGUUUACAUAGUGAAUUAAAAAAAGCCACAGCUAAACUAGCGAAACUUGCAGACCGAAGGUUGAAGAAACUAGAACAGUUUCUACAAAUGAAGACCUUUGAAGAAGAAGCACACCAGGUAUUGGGAUGGCUAUAUCAAGCUGGGCAGGAAACACUUGAUAAACACCAAAAUGUUGCAGAUUCAUUGCCUGUUAUUAAAGAACAAGAAGGAGAGUUCGAGAAAUUUUAUUUCUUGGCUAUGCGACAGCUUGAGAAAGGAAAUGAUCUGUUAGAGGAGGCAGUUACACUCAAACCAAAGGUAUCAGAAGAGUUUGCUGGUUUACAGGAAGACAAAGGACAGAGCGGGGUUCAGGAGCUAGCUUCAUCGCUGAAAGAAGGUCUGAACACUUUCACGGAACGCUUAGAAGAUACACGAGAACGAUUAGAAGAUACAGCAAAAUGUUACAGUCUUCUUGAUAGAUCUUAUGAGUGGGCUCUAGAAGCAAUGAAGUUUGUUUCGAAGAUGAAAGUAAACCAGCCCACUUCACCUGGACUGGUAACAUUGUUGAAGAAUGUUCAAGAGUAUCUUGAAGACCAUCCUCCAAUCACACAUGAAACGUUUCAGGAAAUGUUGAAAUUGGCAACAAAGUUAGAGAAUAAGAAUCUUUUUGAUCAAUGCAAGAUUGCCCAGACCCGUUGCCAGGAAACAAUGGAUUUAAUCCAGACUAGACGAGCUGACCUCCUGAAAACCAAGCAACAACAGGAACUAGAGACCCUCCAACAGCAGCAGGAAUUAAGUGAUUCAGAUGCUGAGCAGUCCAAUCAAACUAAAUUUCAACAACAGAAUUGGACACCUCAGGGUACAAGCACAUGUAGUGGCUCAUUCACCACAUCUUCUGGCUUUUAUAGGAGGAGAUCAAUAGCUACUUCAACUCCUCAAAGUUAUGGCUGUCCUGUUGGCUCCUACACCUCUUUUCCAAGUAGCUACCAUCCUGUGUCUGGAUUAAAGGAUACACAUGUUGUUGAUGACAAAGAAGAACAUAUCCUCAAUCAAGGACUCAUUACAGAAGAUCUCACUACACAGGGACCAGUUGCAUCAAUCUCACGGAGCAAACUUGAAGCUCGAAGUAGCAGUCUUCAAAAAGAAAUUCAACCUUUAGGUAUUUUUAAAAGUUACAGUGGAAGUAGCCUAUUUGGACUGAAAGAUAAAAUAAUUGGCACUAUUGUUGCUGGAGCUGCUUCCAUUCAGGGUUCCUCCAAAGAGGGACCAUCUCAUCAUCGACCAUUGAGAAAACUGAUGAAACGAUGUCAGACAUGGCAACUCCAUGAAGAUUCUCUUCAGAGGGCUACAUUAGAAGUUCGAGAACAGAAUGAAAAGUUUAGCAUUCAUCAAGCAUCUGUACAAAGCAACCAGUUGGAAGUCAGUGUUUCAAGCUGUGGAAUAAAAACUGAUGAACCAAUUGGUCCAAGCAACACGAAUAGAUGUCCCGUGGGGCACACGCUAUCAGACCCAGGAAACAUACCUGUCCCAGUGAAUAGCCACCUUUUAGCUAGAACUACUAGUCUUGAUCAUUCAAAACUAAAAGAUUUUGAGCAGCAAAAAAAAGGCAAUAAGUUGUUAUUACAUAUCAUGAGAGAAAUGAUUCAGACUGAAAAAGAUUAUGUCAAGUCUUUGGAGUUUAUAAUUGAGAAUUAUUUGCCAGAACUCCUGCGAGAAGAUAUUCCUCAAGCCUUAAGGGGGCAAAGGAAUGUUAUUUUUGGGAACAUUGAGAAAAUUUAUGAGUUCCACAACCAUUACUUUCUUAGUCAGUUAGAGCAAUGUGAAAAUUCACCUUUCCUUGUUGGCCAGUGUUUCCUUGCCUAUGAAUCUCAGUUCUAUCUUUAUGCCUUAUACAACAAAAACAAACCCAAAUCAGAAUCUCUGUUGGUCGAAUAUGGAAAUGCAUUUUUCAAGAAGAAACAGUUGGAACUAGGUGACAAGAUGGAUUUAGCUAGCUACCUGUUAAAACCAGUUCAGAGAAUGGGAAAAUAUGCACUGCUUCUGAAACAGCUAUUGAAGGAAUGCCCUCAGCAUGAACCCGAACAUGAGGAUUUGAAGGCAGCAGAAGAAAUGGUAAGGUUUCAGCUGCGACAUGGAAAUGACCUUUUAGCUAUGGAUGCUUUGAGAGAAUGUGAUGUAAACUUGAAAGAACAAGGUCGACUUCUUCGACAAGAUGAAUUCUUAGUGUGGCAGGGAAGGAGCCGUAAGUCUCUUCGACAUAUCUUUCUUUUUGAGGAUCUUGUUUUGUUCAGUAAAGCUCGUCGUGAUCCACAUCGUAAAGGCCAAGAAAUUUAUCAAUACAAGCUUAGCUUCAAGACAACAGACAUUGGUAUGACAGAAGAAGUUGGAGAUAGUCCUACCAAAUUUGAGGUCUGGUUCCGGAAGAGGAAACUAAGUGACACAUUUGUUUUACAAGCUCCUAGUCCUGAAGUAAAACAAGCCUGGAUUUUGGAGAUUUCCAAACUGUUGUGGAAGCAGGCGCUGAAAAACAGAGAAAUGCGCCUGGCUGAGAUGUCAUCCAUGGGAAUUGGCAGCAAACCAUGUUUGGAUAUUAAACCCAAUGAAGAUCAAAUCAGUGACAGAGCCAUAAAUUUUCAAAGCCUUGGUCGAGCUCUUCGAUUUAGGAAUUCCUUCACUGGCUCUUCAUUUGAUCAGUCACGUAACAACAAACGACCUUGCUCUACUAUCUCAGUAAGCAGUUCUUCUUCUUCUGGCAGCAGCAACACUUCAUUCCUACAUUAUGGUUCUCUUAACCUUGGCUUUGAACCAGGAGAUAGUCCAUUCUCAGCAGGUUAUCGGUCAGUUACCCAGCAAUCACAGUGCUCUACAGAAAGUGGUUUUUCAACAGACCCCAGCCUGGCUAGUGACUCAUGUGGAGAGUCUGAAAGACCUCGCCACAAGAAAGCUGAGCGAAGUGACAGCUUGAUGUCGAAUGACUCUGUCGUUACUCACUUUCCCAUUUCGGAGCACCCCUCUGCUGAGGAUCAAUUGCAGGAAGAGACAGAAACUACAUCAAUGUAACUGAGCUGGUAUGGAAUAAGAAAUGAACUAGUCUGCUAAUAUGGGCAGCUGCCACAGUGCCAAACCAUUUAAUGUUUGUAUCUAAAAACUGGACUUACCACUUUCAAGUUACAAGGCUGUAAGAGAUGUGUGGUUUUAGAAGAGCUCCAUGACAGUUUUCAAUAAAGUAUCUUUAAAGAAGCAUUCCCAUUGACUAUAGUUCAAGAACUGGAUAACUUGGAAAGAUAUUUUCAUAUGUUCCAUCAUUUAAAGUCUAAAAGGCAUCAAACUUGCUUGAAAUAGAUUAUUGAUUUUCCAUUCUCAUCUGUUACAGUCUGUAAAAGUAGAAAGUGACAAGUUACUAAGUUUUUGCGUGUUUUCAAUCUCGCAUGUUAUAUCCUAUGGAAGUAGAAUAUGAUUGGCAAUGAAGUUUUUGUGACAUAGGCUAUUGAUUUUUCACAAUCAUCUGUUAUAAUCUAUAAAAGUUUAUAUAUAGUGACAAGUGACUAUGUUUUUGUAACAUAAGCUGUUGGGUUUUCAUCCCCAAAUAGUCCCUGAAAUUAGAUAGCAAAAUCUGAUCAAGUUUGUUACAGUCUAUCAAAGUAGCCAGAAAUAAGUGACAGUAUUUGCUUUGCAUAAACUUGUUUCCAUAAUCAUUUGUUAAUCUGUGGAAGUAUAUGUCUGUUACCAACUUUGUUUGACAUACAUUCUAAAUUCUCCAUCCCCAUCUGUUACAGCUUAUGAAUGUAGAAUGUGGCUAGUGAACAAAUAUGUUUUUAUGUAAAGUUUUUAUUUUAUGUCAUCACUUGUUGUCCUCUAUCAAAGUGGACAAUGACCAGUGGGGAAAUUUAUUUAACAUGCUUUUGAUUUAGUAUCCUAAGCUUUUGUAUUCUAUAAAAGUAGAAGAUGAAAGUUUGACUAAAUUUGUUUAAUAUAAGGUGUUGAUUUUCCAUCUGCCUUGGGUACUGUGAAAGUAAAAAGUGAUGAAUAACCAAAUUUUUGUGGCAAAGGCUGUUGAUUUUCCACCAGCAUUUUUUACAGUCUAUGAAAUUAGAGGAAGAUAAAUGACCUGAUUUGUUUGACAUUAGCUGUUGAUUCUCCCUUGUUAUCUAUUGUAAUCUGUGAAAGUGAAAGACUUAGUUUUUUAUGAGCAUUGUUAUUUAAGCUUCCAAGUAGAGUUCUGAUGUAUAUCUAUUAUUUUGUUCCUACUUUAAAAUAAUUUGUUAGCAGUGUUCAUUACAUGAUCUGUACUGCUCAGACAGUUUGCAUGGACCAUUAUUGCAUGACGAUUUCAGUUGCAAAUAUUUAUGAAGUUAAUCAUGUUUUACUACCUAACAUGCUUGAACUUAUUGAGCAGUUGGUUAGAAUUUACAAAAUUAGUACAAGAACAUAUAUGUAGGGUAGAAAAAAUCUAAGUCACGCAGUCCUAAAAAAACAACUAAGAAAAAUAGGAAGACUGAGAAUGGCAAAAUAAGAAUCUUGGUUGAGAAAUUUUGAUUGUACAAGAGGCAUAAUAACUUUGCUUGGUUAAUCAUUUAUGACAAUGGGAAGUAUUCAAGAAAAUAAGUUAAACUUGAGGCUAGGUUCUUGUCCUUCUAAGCUCUGAAACUUCCAAUUACCAGACUCAUUAAAUCACUGGACAAUUUGUAAAUCAUAAUUAUUUACAGCAAAGAGCACAAUAGUGGAUUUUUUUUCGAUUAAUUUAGUACUUUAGAGAAGGGUCACAAAGAAUAACUGGAGGUGGUGAAAACUUUAUGUGGAAAUGUAAGUUUGUGAUUGCUUUUGUCAUUGUGGACUAUUUUUUAAGCAUCUUACUGUAUACUUGUUUCAAACAUAUUGGUUAUGUUCAUAACCUAUUUUCAUUUUAAAAAAUCUUAUUACAAUAGAAUACUAACAGUUAUUAAAUUUUGCUUAAAUUAAGUUUGAAAAAUAUCCUAUUUUGUUUUGAUAAAAAACAAAAUAUUUUGUGAAACAAAAAAAUACUCUAACAUUCAUUGUGUAGUUAUGGGGCAGAACAACUGUGGACUUGACAAUAAACAGCGGAACCUUUGUUAAGCAUUAUUCACAAUGACAGAAGUUAAAAUUAGGAAUGAAGUAAUUUAAGAUGAAAUGAAGGGCAAUAUAAUUAUAAUCCAUAAUUAACUUUUGUAUCUUAGACUAAUUCAUUUUUUAUGUUAAAUGCUUACUAAACAUCUUUUUAUUUUAACUUUUAGUUGUAUUUGCCUAAAAAUAGUUUGGAAAAUGUUAAUAUAGAGGGUUGGGCAAAAGUCACUGUACAGUUGUUUCAUUUGUAACAUUGUUUAAUUUCUAUUAAAUAAAAACUCAUCUCUUUUUUUGUAUAUAUAUCUUUUUUAAUCACUUUUAUGUGAUUGUUGGGUUUGAGAAAACUUGUAUUUGGUAUGAAAUAUUCUUAUGAAAAAUAUGAAGUAAUACUGAUAAUACAUUGACAUGAAACCCUUUGUAGCUGAUACUUCAUCAAUAAGUUUUAGUGUUCAUAAACCUUCACUUAUUCAGAAACUGAGGAUAUACUAGUUUUUCAUGAUCACACAAUAUUACUGAAUAGAAAUUUUAGGUCUGGCUGUUUUAUAAAUAUUGAACAAAAAAUCCCUGACUACAUCAGCUGAUAAACAAAUCUCAUUUAUUUAUGAAUGUAUUUGUUAAAAUUAUUUGUACUGAUAAUUUUAGAUCAUUUCUACAUUUCCAUUUAAGAGUGAAAAUCUGCUUUGUGCAAAGAAAUAGUUUUUACGUUUUAUCAAUACAUCAGUGACGCCUCUUCAGAUUUGUAAAUAUGACUUUACUAGAGAUUUUAAAGAUUAAGUUACAUUAUAUUGUCUUUUAGAAAUUUGUAUUCUACAAAUAUAAAUGAAAAAGGAUUGCUGGUUAGUUUUAUUGAAAUGUUGUAAAUUGUUUAGUAUCAAAAGGUGUGGUUUAUAAUUGCCCUAGAGCUUCUGUUCAAGUGUUUUCCUAUUGGCACGUACACUUCUGUAUUGUGAAGCUACAUUGCCUAUAUUAAUGAUUAAGUUUUAUUUCAACAAGAGUUUGGUGUUAACCCAGGCUAUUAUGCCUGAUCAAUUAUUGCUAAAAUAUUUGUCUAAGUUUCUGCUUUGUUGAGAACAACAUCAAAUGAAAGAUUUUUCAUUAUAGUUUAUCAUGAAAUUUGUACAUGAUUAUGUGAAAGCAAGUAGAAACUCUAAAACUAUACCAUUUUGGAGUUCAUUUAUUUGUAUUCUCUUUUAAAUACAGUGCUCUUUCAGUUCCAUAGCUUGAAUAGAGUGAUCUGAUAGAUAGUAAAAAUAAGUAUAGCUACUGAUGAGACAAUAUUAUGCUACAUUUUUUAAAUCAUUUUUAUGUUGUAACAUAAUGAAAACUAUUUAUAAGUAAACACAUGUUUUAAAUAAAAUAUAAAAGAUCUAGCACAUUUUCAUAUAGAAAAUCCACUCAGAAUUUAAAUUUUCUGAAUGGAAAAGCAAAAUUUGUUUGGAAUCAUUAGUUAAGAAAUUUAUUUUUCAGGAAACAGAAAUAGAUACAACUGUGACAAACUUGUUGCUAGCUCAGCUGGUGUAAGAAUAAAAUAACCUAAGUCAAAUUUUUGGUAAUAUGGUAAAAAAGUGUCCAGAACGUGUUGUGUGUAUAUAGCUGUGUACAAAAUAUAUUUUCAUUUUAAUUAUUAACUUGUUUAAAAAAAGUGAUAACAUUGAAAAUGGCAGCUGUUAUGUGGUGUAACAUUAGUGCCAUGUGUCCAUAGUUAUAAAGGGCUGUUACAAUAUAUAUAUAUAUAAAUAUAUAUGUAUAUGUCAUUAUUAUUAACAUUAUUGUACAAGUAAUUUUCUA